CUCCGUAGUCCGUCGUUCCAUUGAAAUUCUCAAGAUCCCAAUUCCUCAUUCUCUCUUCUUCACGGUGUCGGAGCUCCACUUUCUCCCACUAGCGGCGACAGAAAGGAGUUUUCUAGCUUUCUUUUGGAUUUAAUGGCGUCCAAGUUGCAUCAGUUGCAAUCCAAGGCUUGUCAAGCUUCUCAAUUUGCUAUCAAGCACGGGUCCUCCUAUUAUAAGCAGUUGUUGGAGAAGAACAAGCAAUACAUCCAAGAACCAGCUACUGUGGAGAAAUGCAGCUUGCUUUCAGAGCAGUUGUUUUAUACUCGUCUUGCUAGCAUCCCAGGCCGAUAUGAAUCAUUCUGGAAAGAACUUGAUUGUGUUAAAAACUUGUGGAAGAACCGGCAGGAGCUGAAAGUUGAAGAUGCUGGCAUCGCUGCCUUGUUCGGGCUUGAGUGUUUUGCAUGGUUUUGUGCUGGUGAGAUAGUUGGAAGGGGCUUUACAUUCACAGGUUAUUAUGUCUGAGGACAUUCAUAGUCAUUUGUGGAAGGGAUGUGACAAUGGCGAAUUCCCUUCUCUUUUCUGCGGGUACUUCGCAUAUAGUUUUUUUCUUUUUUUUUCUUUUUUUUUUCUGUUUUGAAUUAAGUUGAGAAUUCUGCGAGCAACUCUGAUAGAUUAAUAAUAGCCCAUGAAUUCCGAGGGGGACUAUAAAGGAUUCUUGCGUUGUUCAAAUUGA